ACAAAAUGGCAACUUCCUCGCCGGCGGGAGCAGUUGGAGUCUUGACCCCUGUUUCAGUAAGGGUACAGCAAGCCCUUUUGAAGCCUGUCCAUCAAAGAUGUCAGGAAAUACAACAUAUUCUAGAGGAGACAAGCACCAAGGACCUUCACCAAAUAUUCCCCUAUCUUGUGGAGAACAUCUUUGGGUUCAACAACCAGCCUGGAUGGGGUGUGGGAACCAUUGCCAAGAGCACACAGCAGCUGGAUUAUGACAUGAUGCGUCAGUUCUUGUCCCCAAGUGGUCCACUGAUACGCGUUGUAUACAGACUACAGGCUGACCCCAUGUGUAGAUAUGAUUUUCCUCUGUCCUGUCUGCCAUUCCCCACAAGGCAAAUGUUUGAGGACAACAGCUACCAUGGUGCAAGUCACAUUCCAAGACAGCCUUCAGCAAGAUCCCUAUCUGCAUUUGAAUUUUAUUUCUUCCAUUAUUUCUACCUGUGUGUUAAUCCACAACAAAGGAGUUUCUUUAACUGGAGUAAUGCCUCCGAAGCAUUGUUUACAAGUCUGCUGGAAGAUUAUCUGAAUUGUUUUUUGCCCCUGAAGGGUAAAAUUGUUAGUCCCAUGCCAACAGCUGCUUCACCAAUAAGAAGUCCUGUUGCACACAAGACACAUCUCCACAGACAAAGCUCUACAUCUGGAUACCACAGCAGUGGCAGUCCUGGGCUGAAACCACUAGUCAGCUUGCUGAAGUCUCCACACAGCCCUCACCAUCAGGUGCAGCAGAGGAGCAUCCCCUACCAGGUGUCCACCACAGACCCACUGGACCAGGAAAUGUGGCGAUCAGAAACUUUUGUGGAGAUUCUUGUGGAGUUUUGGUUAAAUCAAAACAGUCUGGACUCUCCAGAGCAGCAUGGUGGGAUCAGGCAGGCCAUGAUUGAUGGCUAUCAGAGAGUUCUGUCAUACUCAGACCCUUAUUAUAAUCAUUUUUAUCGAGAGGUUUUUCUUCCCAACAGCGACCAGGUCCGGGUUGUGCGUAUGUUCAUCAAGCACCUCCAUUUCUUUGCUAACAGUGCCUCUCCAGACCUGGUACUGGCUUCAUACCAGGCACAGAACCUGUCACCUCUGGAUGAGUUUAAGAGGAAUGUUAUUCCACAGAUGGUACAGAAGAAGUUGUAUGUUUUCCUAAGGCAUGGCUUUAACCACUGGCCUCUUGACUCUUCUUUUAGAUUGUUGUUGGAGACCUGGUUAAGUUAUGUCCAGCCUUGGCGGUAUGUUGACCCCAAUGCCAUCAUGAAAGAGAAGGAGUCAAAAGUGGACAACAAAUGGUUCCAGUUUAUUGUGGAUAAUCUGCUUUUUUACACACACCUGUUUCAAGAAUUUCUUCACCGAAGUCAGCGCAUGGAUCUCUCCUCUGCCAAAAAUGCCUACAUGCUGUUCAGGGUCACCAAGGUGUUUGGACUCCCUAAUCUUCGAAAUAUGUUGGAAGAAGCCGAGCAUCAGAUGUACGAGUCUCACCACAGGCUGUCCAGGCGUGGUCCCCAGAUGGACAUGGGCUCCAGCUACCUGUCCCAUAGCAACUCAGUGAACACAGCAGCCAUCCUUAGUCUACAGUUUGCAGAACUAGAGGGCCCAGCCUUUCUUUAUAAACCACUAUUUGAAGAGGGGACCAAAAAACAAAUAGAGUAUCUACUACAGCAGAUCCUCCACGCCAAGUCGACAUCAUCCUCAACACAGAAGUCCAGUGAUGGGGGAGGAUCUGGUGGGCUGCUGUCAUGGCUGGGGUAUGGUGCUUUGGUGGACUAUAAUGCUACCAGAUUUACACAGACAGGGUUUCCCGAGGAAGACCAGAGCAAGUUAGUUUUCCACCUAGAGCAAGCUGCAAGGAAUCUCUGCAACUUAUUUCAACUGUCGAUGGAAACGGUGGAAACCAUGGCAACGUCUGUCACACCUCCCAAUGCAAACAGCAGUGCCAACAAGUUUUCCAAUCAGUCCCUCCCCCCAGACUUCAUAGAGUCACCCACAGGACCUGUGCUAACACAGCUGGGGAAAUAUCAGCUAAUGAAUGGUCUCCGCAAGUUUGAAAUUAGUUACCAAGGCAACCCCGACCUUCAGCCCAUUAGAAGCUAUGAAUGUGCCCCAUUGGUGAGAAUACUCCAUCAAGUUUCUUCAUUCCUGAAUAGCAAGUUUUCAGACAAAAUUCAAAAUUCCUACACAAGGGAUGACAUGGUGGGAAAAAUGACUUUCAUAUUAUUUUCACCGCCCUCGGAACAGAAAGGUAAAAAAUCAAGUUUUGUGGCAUCACCAACAAGAACAAAAGACUGGACCACACCGAGAAUAAGUUUGAGAUUUUUGGCAAAUUACCAGACUCUGGGCUACCUGAUGGGAGGAUAUUUGUUUUUUUACAUGUUUUUUGGAAUGGGACCUGUUGCAUUCAGCUUCAUACUGAUGCUUGGACUGCUGUUGUCAGUUUUCUUCAGAGCACUGGUGUUACCAGCUUCAAAAUUUAAGCGAAGUUAAUAUUAAUGUUGAAAUACAAGCCAUGCCAUAGCUUCAUUACAGCUAGUCACAAUAGAUCUAUCAUGUUGUUUAGUCAAGUAAUUUUUACAGAUCAUGGAAAUUGUGAUAGUCAAUUAUCAGAUCAAUACUCAUUUAGUUUAUUUGAAUUGUAUUUUCCUGCCAAACAAGCCUGAAUACAGCUCUUUAAUUUCUAGAACUGCUUAUAUGUAAAACGUCUAAGUAAAUCUCUGUUACACCUCUGUGAGGUCACUGCUACUUACCCUUACAUCUUGGUUGUCUUAAAAUAGAAAAUCAAAUUUUUUUACAGGAUGUGAAUGCAUUUUCAGUUCUCUCUGAAACUAGGCGUAAGUUAUCUGCACUGUGGCUUAAACUAAUAUCCGGAUGCCCAGAAAGAAAAUAUCCAGUUUAAAGACUACUUUUAAUUACUCGUUUAUUAAAAUAAAAUAUUUAGUAAACAUAAAUUCAGAGCAUCAAGAAAAGUUCCUUGUUUAUCUUUUUUUUUUUUGAACAGAGAACUGAUCUCAGUUAGAGCUUUACAGCUUAUUUUAAGCCAAUAAAGGAAAUAAAAGUUAAAUAAAAUUUUCUGCACAAUACAUUGUAUCAAUUUUUUUAAAGAAAACAAUAACUGACUAUUAACAAUAGUAAACUAGAAAUGGCUCUUCUCUAUCCAAUGUAGAUUCUACAUAACAUAUUUAUAACACAACUUUUGUGCAAUUUCUGUGGGAUUGAAGUUGGUCAACUUCUUUCUUUUUGUUGCCCUUUAAAAUAUCAACAUUAAGACUGGCUAAUCACUUCUGUAUUUACAUACAAAGUGGCACUACUCUUUGCUAUUAGCUUCUGCUCUCCCCCUGAAAUCAACUUAUGGCAAAGAAGGGGGGGG